AAGACAAGUGCAAAGCGGAGUUGCUUCAUACGCAUACAAACAAACACACGCACACCUGCAGGCGAACUCCAAGAGAGCAACACAAACACCAACAGGAGCUGGAACGACACGACGACGACGACGACCAGCUGUUGUAGCGACAUAGCGGUACAAUUCGCCAUUUCUGCGCGAUCCGACGAUACUAGCACUGGCAGUAGUGCCAGCACAGGUGAGCCACCGCCACCGCCGCCGCCUGACGCCACAUACAACGACGCAGUGCGUCGGAUAAGGAGCGCCCAUAGCUGUGAGCAGCUGCGACACCUAGUCCAGCGUCAGCUAGAGCGCCAUCGCUUACCGUGGCGGAGCAACACAAGCGGCAACAAUGAUGAGGCCCUGGCCAACGAGCUCCGAGGAAGCCAAAGCAGCGACCACGCCGAUUAUAAGCUAAAUAUUCAUAAGAGCAGCGGGGAAAGCCCACAACGGCGGCAGCUACAAGGUGCGAGUGGAAGAGCGGAGCAAGUGCAGGUGGACUUCUACGCUUAUCUGCAGCUGGCCAGCGGCUAUUACGAGCGUGGCUUACAGGCCGACCUCAAGUAUCUGCAAUCGAUUGGCCAGCAGCAGCAGCACAAGCAGCAGCAGCGUCGUUGUAAUGCAAUAAAGCCAUUGGACAAAGACCUCAGCCACCUCUCCCAGCGCAGCGAGAGUCCCGUCCAGAGGCUAACCGGGCGUCUGGUGACGCUGCUCAAGAGUUUGCGACGCAAGGCGGAGAAUCAGAAGCGGCCAAGUCAUCCAGAAAUUAGGGUAGACAUAAGGUCAGUCAAGCGGGAGCAGCAGCAGCAGCAGGAUCAAGACACGGACGUGGAAGAGGAACAAGAGCCAGAGCAAGAGCAAGAGCAGGAGCAGGAAGCAGAGGAGGAGGAGGAGGAGGAGCUAGAGGAGCUGGAUAGCAUGUGCGAUUACUAUGCCCCAGCAGCAGCAGCUACAACAGAAGCAACCGAAGGCCUAGAGGGCCCCUCAAGAGCCAGUGUAGUAGCCAGCGUGGCCACAACCGCUCAUCAGCGACGUCUGUACGAGAUUAUUGACAACCUAAGUCACCUAAGCAUUGCUGGUGAUACAACAGCAGCAGGAGGAGUCGGCGGCGGAGGCGGAGGUGGUACCGGCAGCCGAAGACAACAUCUGCAGCUAACAUUGCCACAGAUCACGCUCACCGAUUGCUCGACGACGGCCCAACAGGUGGCUUUAUAUAGCAACAGCAUAACCCUGCAAAUGAUGCCCAACAAUGAGGCGAGAGCCACAUAGAAUCAGCAGAGCAAUCGA